AUCCAAUCUCGAGCUCCCUUUCCCUCUCCACUGCGGCGCCGGCUGCUGCUCCAGUCGGCUCUCGAAGCCUCUGUCCGUCUGUCGAGCCAUGGCGAAGGGAAGGGCUCACCAUUCGAAGCGACCCACCCACCAACUACUCCUCGCGGCUGUCCUAUCCGUCUCCGUUCUCCUCCCGCUGUUCGUGCCGGCGGCAGCAACCGUGGCGGUGGCGGAGGGGGACGGUGUGUCGGCGCUCGGCGGCGGGAAGCCGUUGGCGGUCGGGAAGGACGAGGGGAAGCUGGUCGCGGAGGGGGAUGCUGGUGGAGGCGGGUCGGUGGAGGAGGACGAGUUCGCGGGUGGCUUCGGCUCCCUCGACAGCAUGCUGCAGUGGGCGAUCGGAAAUUCUGACCCAGAGAAACUGAAAGAGGAGGCGGCUGAUGCGCAGAAGUUAUCUGAAGAUGAACUGCUCAAGCGGCGUCAGGAGAUCAAGGAGUUGAUGGAGAAGUUAAAGAUGCCAUCAGAUGCUGACUUAAUGAAAAUUGCAAUUGAUGACUUAAAUAAUUCCUCCAUUUCACUGGAGGAUCGCCAACGCGCACUGCAGGAACUUUUAGUUCUUGUUGAGCCCAUUGACAAUGCUAAUGAUCUUGACAAACUUGGGGGCCUCCUUCCUGUGAUUCAAGAGCUUAGUAACGCAAAUGAAGAAAUACGGACCACCUCUGCAUGGGUCCUUGGUACAGCCAGUCAGAACAACGAACUUGUACAAAACCAGAUCCUUGGUUACGGAGCUUUGGCAAGGUUGGUGAAGAUGGGUUAUUCCACAUCUGCAGAAGAAGCUGCAAAAGCAUUGUAUGCUAUAUCAUCUUUGAUCAGAAAUAAUGUAAAUGGUCAAGAGGCAUUCCAUUCAGAAAAUGGCAGUGCAAUGUUGCAGCACAUAUUGGUCAGCAACAAUAUUGAUGUUAGGCUACAGAAGAAGGUAGUGUUUUUAGUAACAGAUUUGGCGGACUUUCAGCUAAAUUCUGGAAUUGUGCAGCUUCCUUUCUUGAGUGAACGUCUUUUUCUGAAGUCAAUAAUGGAUAUGUUAUCAAGGUUUGACCUAGACCUUCAGGAAAAGGUUUUAUUGGCCAUUAAGAAUCUAUUGAAACUUUCCUCAACUGAUGUGGAGGAUUUUGAGUUCUGUGAUCUCAGUAAUGUACUGCUCAGACUAGGGGUACAGUUGGAGGACUUGACACCAGAGGAUCAAAAGGAGUUCGCUGUGGAGGUUGAUGCCCUCCGGAGAGAAGUUCAAACGCUCUUCCAACAGAAGCUCAAGCAGGGUAAAGCGACCGUGGCAUGAUAUGCGGAUGACCACCAGAAGAUUUGCCCUUCUAAAUGGAAAUUUAAUGGAUCAUCUUUUGUGGGAUACUACAGUUAGAUGGUGGGCUUGGGUUUUCUCCGUGCAAUUUUCAAGAACCAUUCAGUCGAAGGGGUCGGGUGGAUGCACUUCGGCAAGGUUGUGUAGUAUAUGAUGGCAUGACAGGUUAGGAAGUAAGGCACGUGCUUAUGAUGACUCCAUUUUGGCAAACUAAUUAUGCUUCUCACAAAGUUCUGUGAUAUGGGCACUGCAACGAAGCAUUUUUUUUUCCUUGUUCCGUUGCAGCGGUAGCUUCGUUUUGAGAAUGAUUGGAUUUGUUGAUCAGAUCAUUUGCGAUGAAUCUAAAUUGAGAUCUCUGUGUAAGUGUCUUAACAGGGGAGCGGAGGAUUGGUUCUGAAUCCCUGGCUGUAUCUAGUCUAGCUUCUGUUUGCUGUAUCACACGUGUGUCAUAGCUAGAAGUGCUGGAACAAAACAGUCCAUGACAAGCAUAUGCUAUUACUA